AUGGCAGCCAUGUUGUUACCACCAGGUCCUGACAGCUUGCACCGGUUCACUCGUGAAUCCCUGGCUGGUAUCGAGCAGCGGAUUGGCGAGGAGGAGGCCAAGAAAUCCAAGGACUACCAGGAGGACUUGGGAGACGUGGAGGUGCCCAAGUCCCGGGCUGACCUGGAGGCGGGCAAGCAGCUGCCUCGCAUCUUCGGAGACAUUCCGUCUGCACUGGUGGGCGUGCCUCUGGAGGAUAUCGACCCGUUCUACUUCAAGAACCAGAGAACUUUUAUAGUACUGAACAAAGGGAAGGCCAUCUUCCGUUUUAGUGCCACACCUGCACUCUAUAUUUUUAGCCCUUUUCAUCCCGUUAGAAGAGCAUCAAUAAAGGUUUUGGUACACUCAUUAUUCAGUUUUUUCAUAAUGUGCACUAUUUUGACCAACUGUUGCUUCAUGGCCAUGUCCGAACCUGCACAAUGGGCCAAGUAUGUUGAGUACACGUUCACCGGCAUCUACACGUUUGAGUCGUUGAUUAAGAUCCUGGCGAGGGGCUUCUGCCUAGGGCCCUUCACAUUCCUGCGUGACCCCUGGAACUGGCUGGACUUCAGCGUGAUAGUCAUGGCAUAUGUUACUGAGUUUGUGGACUUGGGCAAUGUCUCAGCGCUGCGAACGUUCAGGGUCCUACGAGCACUGAAAACAAUCUCAGUCAUCCCAGGCCUGAAGACCAUCGUGGGCGCUCUCAUCCAGUCGGUGAAGAAGCUGGCGGACGUGAUGAUCCUCACCGUCUUCUGCCUGAGCGUCUUCGCCCUCAUCGGCCUGCAGCUCUUCAUGGGCAACCUGCGGCAGAAGUGCGUGCGCAGCCCCGCCCAGUGCAUCACCAACACCACUGUCAUCAGCAGCCUCAGCGUCAACGGCAGCAGCACUUUCUUCUGCAACAACAAGACCUGGUCCUCCAUCGAGGAGUUUGUCAACACCGAAGACAAUUUUUACAAGGUGGAAGGAGCCAAGGACGCCUUAAUCUGUGGAAAUGGAAGUGAUGCUGGGAAAUGUCCAGAUGGGUUUGAAUGUAUGAAGACGGGGCGGAACCCUAAUUAUGGCUACACCAGCUUUGACACCUUUGGCUGGGCAUUCCUCUCGCUCUUCAGACUCAUGACUCAAGACUGCUGGGAAAAUCUCUAUCAUCAGACGUUACGAUCGGCGGGGAAGACCUACAUGGUGUUCUUUGUGGUGGUCAUCUUCUUGGGCUCCUUCUACCUGGUCAACCUGAUCCUGGCCGUGGUGGCCAUGGCCUACGAGGAGCAGAACCAGGCCACCAUCGCCGAGGCCCUGCAGAAGGACCGGGAGUUCCAGCAAGCCAUGGAGCGCCUACGCCAGGAACAGCAAAAAGUGACGGAGACCGAGUCGAUGAUUUCCCCAGAUCUGUCUCCAUACGUUCCCUCGGAAGAAAAAGCUCGGAGGAAAAGCCAAAGAACCUUGUCUGAAGAGCCAGAGAACGAGUGUGAGGAGAAAACGCAAAAAAUCGAUACGAUAGAAGGCAUGAAGCACACAACACACACGUUUCUCGUGCGCACACUGUCAUCGCGCACCCGGAGGGGCAGCCAGGUCAGCAUCUUCAACUUCCGGCCGCGCAACAAGGACUCCGAGGCGGACUUCGCCGACGACGAGUUCAGCGUCCACGGCGACGCGGACAGCCGGGCGGGAUCGCUGGCGCUGCCCUGGACCAACCGCCGCACCAGCACCCAGAGCAUCGGCAGCCACGGCUCCGGAGUCUUCUUCCCCAGCCUCAACAUCAACGGCAAGCUCUUCGUGGCCAUGGACCAGAACGGGAUGACCGGACAAGGGCCUCUCACAGCACUGCCUCUGCCCGCCUGCACCAUGGAGAAGGUCAAAGAAGAGAGUGGCCCCAACUCCACCAAUGAGCUGUGCAGCAUGCUGCUCCCCAGCCCCGUCUCCGUAGAGGAGAUCAUCACACGCAGGGAUCGCGCCAUGAGCGCGGCCAGCUACCUCACCGACGCCAUGGAGGAACUGGAGGAGGCCCAGCAGAAGUGCCACCCCUGCUGGUACGCCUUCGCCCACAGGUUCCUCAUCUGGAGGUGCUGCCCGAACUGGCUCCGGUUCAAGGAGGUCAUCAUGUUCAUGGUGAUGGAUCCCUUCCUGGACCUGGCCAUCACCAUCUGCAUUGUCCUCAACACCCUCUUCAUGGCCAUGGAACACUACCCUAUGACCGAGGAGUUCAACACCAUGCUCUCCAUCGGCAACCUGGUUUUCACUGGGAUCUUCACCGCGGAGAUGGUCCUGAAGAUCAUCGCCCUGGACCCGUACUUCUACUUCCAGCAAGGCUGGAACAUUUUCGACAGCAUCAUCGUCUUCCUGAGCCUGAUGGAGCUGGGUCUGUCGGACGUGGAGGGCCUGUCCGUUCUGCGAUCCUUCAGACUGUUGAGGGUCUUCAAGCUGGCAAAAUCCUGGCCGACCCUGAACACCUUGAUCAAGAUCAUCGGCAAUUCUGUGGGCGCACUGGGGAACCUCACCCUCGUCCUGGCCAUCAUCGUCUUCAUCUUCGCCGUGGUCGGCAUGCAGCUCUUCGGCAAGAACUACGAGGUGUGCGUCUGCAAGAUCUCCAAGGAUUGUAUCCUGCCGCGCUGGCACAUGAAGGACUUCUUCCACUCGUUCCUCAUCGUGUUCCGCGUGCUGUGCGGCGAGUGGAUCGAGACCAUGUGGGAUUGUAUGGAGGUGGCGGGCCAGCCCAUGUGCAUCCUGGUCUUCAUGUUGGUCAUGGUCAUCGGGAACCUGGUGGUCCUGAAUCUUUUCCUGGCCCUGUUGCUGAGCUCGUUCAGCGCCGACAACCUGUCGGCGCCCGACGAGGACGGCGAGAUGAACAACCUGCAGAUCGCCAUCGCCCGCAUCCAUCGCGGCAUGGGCUGGCUCCGCCGCGCCGUCUGCGACUUCUUCAACGGCAACUUCAAGCGGCGGCGGCAGAAGGCCAAGGAGGCCAAGGCCAUGCUCAAGCUCAAGCGCCUCAGCCAGCAGGCGCAGUGCCGCGCCGAGGGCAACGGGGCGGCCGCCGCCGCCGUCAUCGGGCGCCACGGCGAGCGCUACGCUUCCACGGUGAGCGAGGGCGACAGCUACAUGACCAACCCCAACCUGACCAUCAGCGUGCCCAUCGCGCCCGGCGAGUCCGACGUGGACUUCCCCGAGGAGGAGGAGGACGAGGACGAGCAGAGCGAGAGCUCGGAGGAGGAGGAGGAGGAGGAGACGAAGCAGGAUGACAUCAGCUUGUCAGAGGGCAGCACGGUGGACCUCAGGAAACCGGGGGAGGAAGAGGAUGAGUACUCGGAGAUGGCCGAAGAGGCCAUGGACCCUGACAACUGCUUCCCUGAUGUGUGCGUUCGUCACUUCCAAUGCUGUGACAUCAACACGACAGACGGCCUUGGUCAGGUGUGGUGGACGCUGAGGAAGACCUGCUUUCAGAUUGUCGAGCACAGCUGGUUCGAGUCCUUCAUCAUCUUCAUGAUCCUACUGAGCAGUGGUGCUCUGGCAUUUGAAGACAUUUACAUAGAGCAAAGAAAGGUGAUCAAAGUCAUUCUUGAGUAUGCCGACAAGAUUUUUACAUACAUCUUCAUCUUGGAGAUGUUACUGAAGUGGACAGCUUAUGGCUUUAAGAAGUACUUUACCAACUACUGGUGUUGGUUGGAUUUCCUCAUUGUGGAUGUGUCUUUAGUAAGCCUCAUAGCCAACGCUUUUGGCUACUCUGACUUUGCCGCCAUCAAAUCACUUAGGACCCUAAGGGCUCUCAGGCCACUGAGAGCACUGUCCAGAUUUGAAGGCAUGAGGGUGGUGGUGAAUGCUCUGAUCGGGGCUAUCCCAUCCAUCAUGAACGUUCUGCUCGUCUGUCUCAUCUUCUGGCUAAUCUUCAGCAUCAUGGGGGUCAACCUGUUUGCGGGCAAGUUCGGCCGCUGCGUCAACCGCACGGGCUACAUUUACAAUGUCACGGAAAUCAACAACAUGACCCAGUGCCUGGCGAUGAACGACACGCAGUAUUACUGGACCAAAGUGAAAGUCAACUUCGAUAAUGUGGGCGCCGGUUACCUUGCGCUGCUUCAAGUGGCUACUUUCAAAGGGUGGAUGGACAUAAUGUAUGCAGCAGUGGACUCACGUGCGGUGGAGGAACAGCCAAUUAAGGAGAUCAACUUGUACAUGUAUUUGUACUUUGUGAUAUUCAUCAUAUUUGGCUCUUUCUUUACACUCAAUCUCUUCAUUGGUGUCAUCAUUGACAACUUCAACCAACAGAAGCGAAAGAUAAGUGGGGAGGACAUCUUCAUGACUGAAGAACAGAAGAAGUACUACAAUGCCAUGAAGAAACUUGGAUCCAAAAAGCCACAGAAGCCGAUUCCACGCCCUGUGAACGCAGUCCAAUGCUUUUUCUUUGACCUUGUGUCAAAACAAGCCUUUGACAUCCUGAUCAUGCUCCUCAUCAUCCUGAACAUGCUGACCAUGAUGGUGGAGACAGAUGAACAGUCCUCCAGAAUGGAGGACAUCCUCUACAACAUCAAUCUAGCCUUCAUCAUAGUCUUCACCACAGAGUGCAUCAUCAAAAUCAUUGCCCUCCGUUGCUACUUUUUCAAAAUUGGCUGGAACAUCUUUGACUUUGUUGUGGUCAUCCUCUCCAUUGUGGGUAUCGUUCUUGCCGACAUCAUCGAGAAGUACUUUGUUUCGCCCACCCUUUUCCGAGUCAUCCGAUUGGCCAGGAUUGGACGGGUCUUGCGUCUGAUUCGAGGAGCUAAAGGAAUAAGGACUUUACUAUUUGCCUUAAUGAUGUCCCUACCAGCAUUGUUCAACAUUGGGCUCCUCCUCUUCCUGGUCAUGUUCAUCUACGCCAUAUUUGGCAUGGCCAACUUUGCCUACGUCAAGAAGCAGGCCGGCAUCGACGACAUGUUCAACUUUGAGACGUUCGGAAACAGCAUGAUCUGCCUGUUCCAGAUCACGACGUCGGCCGGCUGGGACACUCUGCUGAGCCCCAUCCUGAACAACUCGCCGGAGGAGUGCAACCCCCACAUUCGGCACACGGGCACCAACGCUCGGGGCAACUGUGGCAAUCCUUCCGUGGGCAUCACCUUCUUCGUCACCUACAUCAUCAUCUCCUUCCUCAUCGUGGUCAACAUGUACAUAGCCAUCAUCUUGGAGAACUUUAGCGUCGCCACCGAGGAAAGCACAGAGCCGCUGAGCGAGGACGACUUUGAGAUGUUCUACGAGGUGUGGGAGAAGUUCGACCCCGAGGCCACGCAGUUCAUCGAGUACUCCAAGCUCUCCGACUUUGCCGACACGCUGUCGGAGCCGCUGCGCAUCGCCAAGCCCAACAAGAUCAAGCUCAUCUCCAUGGACUUGCCCAUGGUCAGCGGCGACAAGAUCCACUGCCUGGACAUCCUGUUUGCCUUCACCAAGCGCGUGCUCGGCGAGUCGGGCGAGAUGGACGCCCUCAAGCAGCAGAUGGAGGAGAAGUUCAUGAUGGCCAACCCGUCUAAGAUCUCCUACGAACCCAUCACCACCACGCUGAGGCGCAAGCAGGAGGACGUGUCCGCCGGCAUCAUCCAGAGGUGCUACCGGAGGCACCUGGUGAGGAGGCAGAUGAAGCACGCCUCCUUCCUCUACCGCCAGAUCAACACCACAACAACAACAACAACAACAACAACAGAGGGGGCGUGCAAGGAGGACAGCUGCAUUGCCCCUGAGAAGGAGGGCCUCAUAGCCUCCAUGAUGAAGGAGAACUAUGGACCUGAGAUGGAGCUGAUAGAGACGCUGUCCUCCACCUCCUCGCCGCCAUCUUAUGACAGUGUGACGAGGGCCACUAGUGAGCUUUUUCAAGCUCUAUUACCCGAGGCCAGGGACACUGACCUGAGCGAACAAUAUCCUUCCCCCGACAGAGACCGAGAAACUUUUCUGUAACGCUGGAGAAGGACAUGGUUAAUUCAUGUUUUCUUUUUUUUUUUUUUUUUUUUUUUGUUUACCGAAUGUAACAUAGCUCAUGCGACACCAAUUUCAGUCUUGAUAUACAUGUGGUUGUGAAUCAAAACUGCAGGGUUCUCAAAGGAAAUUUGAGUUUUACUUUUGUUUAUUUUUUUAUUUUUCUUGUGGGUAAUAGGUUUUGUUGGAAUACUCAAAGGGAAACUAUACAUCACAUAGAAGACCCUUUGACCCUGCUCACGUCAGUUCUAAGUUUAUAUGCAUGAAGGACUUCUGCAGGGUCAUUGCAAUUAUAUCACUGAUGUAAUACUCAUUUAUUAGACUGAGACAUACAGUUUAUCAAUAUACUGCAAAGUAUGCCUGAAUGAGUACAUAAAGGUCUUACUUAUAUUGGUGUGAUUCCUCCAAAUAACAGCUUUAAAAUUAAGCAAAAGAUAAGGGAGUAUGAUUAUGGUAGUAUAUCAAUGUCUAAUUAUCAGUCUUUCAUAGAAUGAUUAUGGUUCAUGCUAUUUUUGAUAUUUUUUAAAGUACUAUAUUGCCUCUGCUCUUUUUGAGUAGUCAACAAAAAACCUUGAAAACUACUAGACUGUAAUAAAAUGGGAGGACAGGUAAUAAAAACAACUACAUGAAUCAAGCUGCUUUUGCAAAUUUGCAUCAGUGCAAUUUGAGUUUACACACAAUAUUUUCCCCUUUACAUCAGUUGCUUAUCAAUAACCUGAUCUAAAUUACCGAGUAGUAAGUAUGAUCAGUAAAUGACAAUCAAGCUACUUCAAUAAUAGUCUCUUGAUUCAAAUUAACACCUUUAUUUACCUUGGGGUGUGUGUAGGCAUUGUUACAAAACAUUUAUUUCAGAAAGCCUACACAUUUUGCUUUAGCAAAAUUAUUUAUCCUAUGAAAUAUUUUUUUGCACGUUUUGACUGCAUCCUACACAGAUGUAACACUCAAGAACACAGUUUUUGUUUUUAUUUUUUAAGCUGAAUAUGAUUUGUUCUAUUUUGCACACACCGAGUUCAGCAAUAAUUUGCUACUUUUAGUUUUAAAUACAAUUUUAAAAAUAAGUGUCAAAGUUUGUAUUGUAUCGGCCUCGUCUCUCUAAAGAAAACUUUUGUGGUCGCUAAGGCUACACUCUAACUGGUUAUAGCACAUCUGUUUUUAUAUCUCAGAGUCAACUUAAGGAUCUGAUCUUGGAUGCAUCUUUCAGGUCAGGAUUGUAAGGUUUGUUGAAGGGCUGUUUUCUGUAGCAAUAGAUCCAGUGUGUGCCUGGUAGAAAUCUUUCCUCUGUAUCCAUCUCUGUUCAUAAUGGCAAGCUCAGCUUUCUCACCAUAAAAGAUCAUCAUCCAAGACGAGCUGUUUCCAAUGUUUUGUUUAUGUUGCCGUUGUGAACAUUAUUAUUGGCCUCCGUACACUUUUAAGGAAAUUGAGAUAUAAUGGUUGAGAAUCCACUCAAUAAAAUGGAGACAAAGACCUCACCCAAACCACCCUUAGAAUAAUGAAUAUAAUCCAAGUUUACCUGUGGUUCCUUGUACAGAAUUCAGUCUGUUUUAUGAAAGUACUGUACUCAAAGUAACAUGCAUAUAACCUGUACAAGAAAUCCAACAUGACAAAAAUCACUCAGUGUAAAAAAAUAACAUUGAAACAUAGUUUCUGCUCCCGAUUAUUUCACAGAAGAAAGACAUUCAAACUCUUUGUAACUGACU